AUCACUUAUUAUUUAUAAAGACAGACACACAAAGAAGUAAUACUUUAGUGAUUUUUUAUUUAAUAUAACCUACGGGAGACGCACGAAGACCCGGAGGACUUUGUCUCAGCUGACUUUGUUUCAUUCGGACGUCCUUGCUUCAGUACACUUUGAUAAAAAAAUUUUUUCGUGCAGAGGUAUUAAACUCUGACAAGGAUGCUGACCGCCGGGCUGUUCAUACUUUUGAUGCUAUGGAAUUCCGAGAGCAGGAGACUAGCAGAGAGCCGAGAUGAUAACAGUGCAUAUGAUCUUUUUGAACUUGUGAGAGUUACGAAGAAAAUCCCUGGAGUGAGUCUUGUGAGGGGCCUGGAUCCCAACAGUCCUGCCUAUAAAAUCCUUUACCCAGAUCUGAUUCCCCCGGUCCCCGAUCACCACUUCAAGGACAUACUUGAUUUUAUCCAAUCAGAGAGAGGAUUUCUUUUCUUAGUAAAUUUUAAGCAAGCCAAGAGGACCCGAGGCGCUCUUUUGACCGUAGAGAAGAACGAUCGUUCUGGUCCCGUUUUUGAAAUUAUUUCCGAUGGUACAUCUAACACUCUGGAAGUGGUUUACACCACUAAGAAUCGUCAGCAUACGGUCUUAAUUGAAGAUGCUAACUUGGCUAACGGAAACUGGAAGAAUAUCACAUUGUUUAUCCAAGAGGACCGUGUGCAGUUAUACGUUGGUUGCGAAAAAGUUAACGACGGCGAGUUGGAUGUGUCAAUCAACAAAAUCUUAACCCCUGGGGUUGCCGACAUCGCCAGGCUAAGGAUAGGAAAAGGAGCAGUCAAAGACAGAUUUACAGGUGUGCUACAGAACGUGAGAUUUGUGUUUGGCACCACUCUGGAGGCCAUUCAGCGCAACAAAGGAUGUGAGAGUUCUACCUUCAUCCCAGACAUUUUGACCUUGGACAACCCUGUGAAUAGGUCCAGCCCAGCUAUCCGGACAGACUACACUGGUCACAAAACCAAAGAUCUGCAGGACAUCUGCGGGUUCUCCUGUGAGGAUCUGGUCGGCAUGUUUAAAGAGCUCAAGGGACUCGGUGUGGUUGUUAAGCAGCUGUCGAGCGAGCUCGGCAAAGUGACUGCCGAUAAUGAGUUGCUCAAGAACCAGAUCAAAAUCCACAGUGGGGUUUGCCUGCAUAAUGGCAUUGUGCACAAGGACAACGACGAAUGGACAGUGGACAGCUGCACUCAUUGCACUUGCCGGAAUUCUGCCACAAUUUGCCAUGAGAAGACCUGCCAGCCUGUUAACUGCUCCAAUGCCGUUAUUCUUGACGGCGAAUGCUGCCCACGCUGUACAUCUCCUCAAGACAGCGCUGAAGACGGCUGGUCCCCCUGGUCAGAGUGGACUCAUUGUUCUGUGACCUGCGGCUGGGGUGUGCAGCAGCGUGGUCGCUCUUGUGAUAGUGUUAGUCGUCACUGCGAGGGCACUUCAGUGCAGACCCAGAACUGCUACCUGCAGGAAUGCGACAAACGCUUCAAGCAAGAUGGCGGUUGGAGCCACUGGUCACCUUGGUCCUCUUGCUCGGUCACCUGUGGAGAGGGCGUCAAAACUCGGAUCCGCCUCUGCAACUCGCCAACACCUCAGAUGGGUGGCAAGGACUGCGAGGGAGAGGGCCGCCAAACCAUGCCAUGUUCUUUGGAUCCAUGCCCAAUCAAUGGAGGCUGGGGACCAUGGUCCCUGUGGGACACAUGUUCUGUUACUUGUGGAGGAGGCCUGCAGACCAGACAUCGUCUCUGCAAUGACCCUGCUCCCAAAUUCGGCGGAAAGGACUGCGUCGGCGAUAAAAAAGGCACUCGGUUGUGUAAUCCUCAAGAUUGUCCUGUUGAUGGAUGUCUGUCCAACCCUUGUUUUGCCGGGACAAAAUGCACAAGCUUCCCAGACGGCUCUUGGAAGUGCGGGGAGUGUCCUCGUGGGUACACUGGAGAUGGAAUUCACUGCGAGGACAUUGAUGAGUGCAAAGCAGUCCCUGAUGCAUGUUUCGUGCUUAACGGGGUCCAUCGUUGCGAGAACACAGUGCCAGGCUACAACUGCUUGCCAUGUCCACCUCGCUUCACAGGAUCACAGCCCUUUGGCAGGGGAGUUGAGGAGGCUGUGGCCAAUAAACAGGUCUGCACACCAAGGAACCCUUGUGAGGAUGGCAGUCACGACUGCCAUAAGAAUGCCAACUGCAUCUACCUGGGCAUUUUCUCUGAAAUUAUGUUCCGCUGCGAGUGCAAACCAGGCUACGCUGGUAAUGGCUACAUCUGCGGAGAGGACACUGAUCUCGAUGGCUGGCCAAAUACUGACCUCCACUGCGUUGAAAACGCCACCUACCACUGCAAGAAGGACAACUGUCCCGACCUUCCCAACUCUGGCCAAGAGGACUAUGACAAAGAUGGAACUGGUGACGCUUGUGAUUACGAUGAUGACAACGAUGGUAUCCCAGAUGAUAGGGACAACUGCCCAUUUGUCUACAACCCCAGGCAAUACGAUCAAGACCGUGAUGAAGUCGGUGACCGCUGUGACAACUGUCCAUAUGACAGUAACCCAGAUCAGACUGACACAGACAACAAUGGAGAGGGUGACGCCUGUGCUAUUGACAUUGAUGGUGAUGGCAUUCUGAACGAAAAGGACAACUGCCCUUACGUCUACAACGUUGAUCAGAGAGACACUGAUCUAGAUGGAGUUGGCGAUCACUGCGAUAACUGCCCAUUGGAGCACAAUCCUGAUCAGAUCGACUCUGAUUCGGAUAACGUGGGCGACAAGUGCGACAGCAAUGACGACAUCGAUGAGGAUGGUCAUCAGAACAACUUGGACAACUGCCCAUACAUUCCCAAUGCCAACCAGGCUGACCACGAUAAAGAUGGCAAAGGAGAUGCAUGUGACCAUGAUGACGAUAACGACGGUAUUCCUGAUGACAAAGACAACUGCAGGCUGGCCUUCAACCCUGACCAGGUGGACUCUGAUGGUGAUGGUCGUGGAGACGUUUGCAAGGAUGACUUUGACCAAGACAACGUCCCCGAUAUCUAUGAUGUGUGCCCAGAGAACUUUGCUAUUAGUGAGACUGACUUCCGCAGGUUCCAGAUGGUACCACUGGACCCCAAAGGCACCUCACAAAUCGAUCCCAACUGGGUGGUCCGCCAUCAGGGCAAAGAGCUUUUGCAGACCGUCAACUGCGAUCCUGGCAUCGCUGUUGGCUAUGAUGAAUUCAAUGCUGUGGACUUCAGUGGAACCUUCUUCAUCAACACCGAUCGCGAUGAUGACUAUGCUGGCUUUGUAUUCGGCUACCAGUCCAGCUCACGCUUCUAUGUGGUCAUGUGGAAGCAGAUCACCCAGACCUACUGGUCUCACACACCCACCAAAGCCCAAGGGUACUCUGGACUGUCCAUCAAAGUGGUGAACUCCACUACUGGACCUGGAGAGCACCUCAGGAAUGCCUUGUGGCAUACUGGUGACACAGCAGGACAGGUGCGCACACUGUGGCACGACCCCAAGAACAUUGGCUGGAAGGAUUACACUGCCUACAGAUGGCAUCUGAUCCACAGACCAAAGACUGGGCUCAUCAGAGUUGUUAUGUAUGAAGGCAAGAAGAUUAUGGCAGAUUCCGGAAGUAUCUAUGACAAGACAUAUGCAGGUGGAAGACUAGGACUCUUUGUCUUCUCUCAGGAGAUGGUGUACUUUUCAGACCUGAAAUAUGAAUGCAGAGAUACAUAAGUGUUUCAGUUGGCAGGGGUUCCUUGAAGAAUGUGCCUUUUUUCAGAUUUAAAUGUGUAAUGUAUAUCCUGGAACCAUACAGCUGAAACUCUUUCCUUUGGCCGGACAAUGAGCAAGUCAGAAGCUAUGAGAUCACGUGACUUUGGCAAAGAAAUUAACUGACUACCGGGAUGGAGCCAAGAUUCCUGCAUAAUAAGCAGGUAGUGCACAAGGAGACAAACACUAUCUCUCUCUCUCUCUCUCUCUUUCUCUCAUCUACCUGGCAUGACACCGGACAAGACACUGAACGAUGCUUCUGAACUUAAAAAGUUGUCAGUCACCUCCUUUUCACAGAGGGGCCAAAGGGAAGAGUUAUUUCUAUGUUUCUUUGGGUUUUUUUUAAAAAAGCUUUUAAACCUCAGAUCUGCUGUGGACUAUGUUAAUGAAAGGAUGAACUUCUCUAGAAAUGAAGGAAAGCAAUAAAACCUUUCAACUGAUUUCUAGUGGGUGCGAAGCCCGACGAAAGGAAAUGUUGAGAGACUUAUAUAGAGGACAGAUUUGAUUGACUGUUGACUCGUCAAGUGACUGACUUUUUUUCUGUGCUGCAUGUUCAGAAGAUCCUUAUGACUCCUUAAAAGGACUGCUCCUUCUAUU